AAACAAACAGUUUCAACUUCAACUUCAAACGGACGUUUUUUUUCGGCUGCCCGUCAAAUUGCAGCUGCCUGGUUCUAAAAUCGCAGAAUUUACCCGUUAAAAGUGAUCGCAAGUGCUCGAAAUCCGCGUCGGAACGUGUCCGCGAGUGUCGUGCGUCGGGGAAAAGUGAAGUUUGGCCGGAAGUGCGAAGCAAUCGGUGGGAAAAAGUGACCUUAAAUUUCGAACCCGGUGGUUGUUUUCGUUUGUGAAGGGGAGGUGUGUGUGUGCGUGUGUGUGGCCUUGCCAAACGGCUUGCCCUCUCCUGUGAAGCGAUUUUUGCGUUGCCUGCUGCGCGGCGGCCGAAAUUUUGACGGUUGCUCUGCUGCGAUAUGUUUGUUUGGUUGGACGAAUUCCGCAAGUUUUAGAAAGUGAAGAGUUAUUGGAAUUUUGAAGUGAGCUGGUUGUGGAUUCAUGUCGAUGGAUACCUACACGGAGAGCAGCGGAGUGGACUCAUCGCCGGACAUGAACUCUAGCGUGGAACUGCCCUCGCCACCGGACGCACGGUGCGUCGUAAUGCCGCGCAAGCUCACGUUCGGCCUGUCGCCAGACGGUAACAGCAACGGUGGCGGCGGCAACACUGCCGACUAUCGGCGCGCCGGUCUCACCGUCAGCCCACGGAAGCAACCCUCGGUUUCACCACCCUACCGGAAGGUCCGAGCGCUGCGACUGUUCGACUCGCCGGCCACACCCAAGACGAUUCUGCAGAAGAGCAAGUUUGGGAAGACGCUUGGCGCUGCCGGGGGAGGGGACGUGUUGGCCAAACCGAUCGACGGGACGACGACGGGGUCGUUGAUUUGCGAGAAGCCUCGGGCGGUGCCGUUGCACCGGAAUUACGAGAAUGUGCUGCCACCGGCGAAUGUGAACCCGUUCACGCCGCCGGGCAUGUUUAUGCGGACGAAGAAGCGGACGCGGUCCGGCCAGGACAACAACAAUGACAACGGGCUGAACGUGAGUCUGCCGGUGGCGUUCGCCUGCAACAGGAUCAAUCAGCAGCAGCCGACGGCGGCGGUGGCCGCGGCACCACAUCGGGCUAGCUUUGGUCACUUUGGCCAGGUGCAGAAACCCCCGGCGGCGAGUGGUGGCGGGGACGUGCUGAAACCACUCGAGGAUGAUUACGGAGAAGUUCGACAGGCUCCGAAGCGAUUGGCCCUGCAAGACUCGAACAUUUCCCGGUACGAGAAGGAGUUUGUCGAGUUGUCGCUGCUGGGCGUUGGCGAGUUUGGGUUGGUCUAUCAGUGCCUGAACCGGUUGGACGGAUGCGUGUACGCGAUCAAGAAGAGCAUCAAACCGGUCGCCGGAAGUUCGUUCGAGAAGACGGCCCUCAACGAAGUGUACGCCCACGCCGUGCUCGGCAAGCAUGACAACGUCGUCCGCUACUACUCGGCCUGGGCGGAAAACAACCACAUGCUCAUCCAGAACGAGUUCUGCAACGGCGGAAGUCUGCAGACGCUGCUGCAGGAACGCCCCCUCAAAGAAUCCGAACUCCGCACGCUGCUCCUUCACAUCGCCGAAGGGCUCAAGUACAUCCAUUCCAACGAUCUCGUCCACAUGGACCUGAAGGCCGGCAACAUCUUCCUCACCAAAGUGCCAAUCCGUCCGGCGUACUCGUCCUCCUCGUCAACCUCCUCCGCCGCCCAUCACCCGGACGCCGCCGACGACGGCUUCGAGGACAUCUUCGACGACCUCGAGAACGAGUUCGUCAUCACGUACAAAAUCGGCGACCUCGGCCACGUCACGUCCGUCAACGACCCGCAGGUCGAGGAAGGCGACUGUCGCUACCUGCCGAACGAGAUCCUCCAGGAGGACUUCUCGAACCUGCCCAAGGCGGACAUCUUCUCGCUCGGAAUAACCCUGUACGAGGCGGCCGGCGGCGGUCCGCUGCCCAAGAACGGCGACCAGUGGCACCUGCUGCGGAAGGGCAGCUUCCCGGACGUGCCCACGCUCAGCCGGGAGUUUAACGAGCUGAUCAAGCUGAUGAUGCACCCCGACCCGGAGAAGCGACCGUCCUCGACGACCAUCUUCAACCAUGCGGUGCUCUCGCCGAUCGACUCGAAGACGAAGGCCCAACUCUGCCUCGAGCUCAGCAUGGAGCGGCAGAAGAACGAGGUGCUGCUGCGGAAGCUCAAGGAGCAGAGCAAGAUGCUCAAGUCGUACGAGCAGGCGCAGACGCCAAUUGGCCGCAAGUGCCGCGGCGUCAACUCAACCGGCGGCGGCACCACGGUCACCACGACGACGACCGUCUCGAGCCGCGACCUGACCGUGUCGGACCGCAAGCUACGCUCGUACUCGCGCAAGAAGCGCCUCGGCAGCCUGAUGACGACGCGGCGCGGCAUCCGGGACAACAGCAAGGGCAAGGAGUAUUGAGGAGAAAAUUUUUCGGACGUUGUUUACUCUUUUUUAUAUUUUUCUAGCACUUUUUUCGGUUAUUUAGUUUUUUUUGGUCGUCGAAACAGCAGCACUUUAAUUUCUUUUACUAACGUCACUUUACCUUUAUUUUUCGAUACUCUUUUAAUUUUCUAAAUUUUAACUCUUUUUUCGCUUUUAAAUCAUUAAUUCCCUUUUCUUUUUGUUUAAACUAAUUGAACUCUCUGCUACAAAGUUAGGAUUACCUGAAAAAUUGCACCCAUCUAAAAGUAAAAAAAACAAAGUGUUUCAAAGUUACAUUCGUUUUGUUUUCGGAAAAAAAAGUUGAACUAAAGCUAAAAGUUUAAAUUGUAAGUGUUCGAAUUGUUUUCAAAGAAAAAGAUAAGAAGAAAAAAAAUACGAACAGAAGCUGUGACUCGUUGUUAAGAGAGAGAAGAGAAAAAGAAGAACGCGUGCCUUUCACCCGCAGAUGAAAUCAUCAAUGUGUUACAAAUUAUACUCCGCUGCACGGUUAAUUCUUCGCCUUUUUUUUUGUAGGGCGAAGAAAAGCGCAGCGUUCCAAACCCUAAUUGUGAUUGUUGAUAUGAGAGAGAAGGAGAGAUAUCCCAUCGAAUGAGAGAGAAAGAGAGAAAAAAAAGUUUCGAAACAGGAUAGACUUUAGAGAUUAGGAUUAGUUGCAAGAGGCACACUCACGCGAAGGUCGCCUUUAUAGAUUCCAAAAAGAAAGAGAGAGAUAGAGGAGGAAGCAAGAAUUUAAAACGAGGAUGAAAAGUCCAAAGUUGUGUGAAAACAAACGAAAGAAAAAAUAAUUUGUGAUCUAAACUGUAAGCGCAAACAAAGGCGAAAACCGAUCUGUAUCUGUCCAAAUAAAAAGCAAACAAAACUAGCUAAGAUAGAAUGUGAGCAAAUAGA